UCCAGUGAGUGUACUUCUGCCGUCGACCGCAGAGCGGCGUUAUUCUUUAUCAGGCAACCGGAAGCUCACCGUCUUCCCGAGUUGGCGCAAGGCAUCUUGGCAGCGUCGUGCUAACACUCGCACGAGACCAGCGCCUUCCACGAUGGCCAAGGUACAAGUGUUGAAUGUGGCCGUUCUGGACAACCCCAGCCCGUUCGGGAACCCCUUCCAGUUCGAAAUAACUUUUGAGUGCAUGGAGGACCUGCCCGAAGACCUGGAGUGGAAGAUCAUUUAUGUGGGCUCAGCGGAGAGUGAAGAGUACGAUCAAGUUCUUGACUCCGUCCUGGUCGGACCUGUACCUGCCGGACGACAUAUGUUUGUGUUCCAGGCAGAUGCGCCAAACACGGGCCUGAUCCCCGAGAGCGACGCGGUGGGCGUCACCGUCGUGCUGAUCACCUGCACGUACCGAGGCCAGGAGUUCAUCCGCAUCGGAUACUACGUCAACAACGAGUACACAGACCAGGAGCUCCGUGAAAAUCCUCCCAUUAAACCAGACUACGCACAGCUCCAGAGGAACAUCCUGGCGUCGAACCCGCGCGUCACCAGGUUCCACAUCAACUGGGAAGGCUGCGCCGAGAGGAUGGAGGACUCUGAGAAUGUGGACCCGUCGUCCAACUCCAUGCUCCCGCCGUCCUCGCUUCCCGGCAAAGCCCCCCCUUUGGGAAUACUACCAGAGAACUCAAUGGACUGCUUAUAGAGAUGCUUCCCAAUCACGCCCCGCCCCCCCGACUUUUUUUUUUUUUUUUUUUUGUGGAAAAGGGGGGAUAACAUUUUCAUAUUGUACAGACUCAUUUGCCUUAUAACUGCUCUUCUUCUAGCUCUUCAAAAAGUGUGAGGCCAUUUGGCAGCAUUAGCAUCUCUUCCCACCACUCACUGUAGUACAAUUUCAGUACUGAAGCAGGUUGCAUAUAAAUGGCAAUAUUUGCUGUGCGAGUUGGCACUUACGACACAGGAAAAUGUCACUUUGUCCAUGUAUUUUUCCUUUCUUUUGGUUUUCCAAAUAAAGUUAUCUAUUUGUA